AUGGCAUCCGAUACUAAGGAUAAAGAUACUCAAGAAAGCCCAGCAACUGUACAGUUUACACCUAGCAGUACAGAAGAACAAAAACUAUUUGAGCAAGUAGAAAACGAAGUCAAGUUUGGGAUUAUAUUUAACAUAUUCAUUGGAUACCCUAUAAUAUUAAUAUUUUUAAUAUACACAUUUUACAAGAUAUGUACUUGUUACGUCCCUUACUGCUUCAUAGACGAAAAAUUCCACGUUACUCAAACAAUUAAAUAUAUAGAGGGUCAGUGGAAAUCAUGGGAUCCCAAAAUCACUACUCCGCCAGGAUUAUAUAUUUUGGGUUGGUUAAAUUAUAAAAUUUUUAAGAGCAUUCUACAUUUGGAUUGGUCAACAUUAACCAUUUUAAGACUGGUCAAUUUAUUUGGCGGUUGUUUUAUUUGGCCUAUCUUUGUUUUAAGACCCAUUUACUUAUUCAAUGCACUAAGUUUCUGGCCUGUGACACUUGUUUGUUUUCCAUUAAUGGCCACUUAUUAUUCAUUAUACUAUACAGACGUCUGGUCAAGUAUAAUAAUAACUGCGGCACUAGCUACAGUCAUUAGUUUACCAUUUGGAGAAACUGGUAGCAUUUGGUUCAGUUCGUUUUUAUGUUUUAUAAGUUUGUUUUUCAGACAAACAAAUAUCAUUUGGAAUUUAUUUAUAAUGGUCUUGGUUAUCGAAAGAAGAGCUAUAAUUCAAAGGAACUUCAAUACGGUAAAAGUUAACAAUUAUUUAAAAUUAAUAAUACAUUCUAUAGAGUCAUUCUCGCAAUUAUGUCUACCGUAUAUUAUAAACAUGGUUUUAUUUUUAAUCUUUGUGAUUUAUAAUGGAUCACUUACAUUGGGUGAUAAACAAAACCAUGUGGCCGGUUUCCACGUAGUUCAACUUUUCUAUUGCUAUACUUUUAUGACUUUUUUCAGUUUACCACUUUGGAUAUCCAGACAACAUUUACUAAAUUACGCGACAAGAUUUUUUAAUAGCAAAAGAUGGAUCUUUGAGUUUAUCGGCAUAAUAAUAAUUAUCAAAUAUUUUACUGUAACACAUCCGUUUUUAUUGGCAGAUAAUCGUCACUAUACAUUCUAUAUUUUUAAAAAAAUAUUCGGGAAAGAUAAGAAAAUUUAUAAAUACUUUUUUUGUCCAAUAAUAUAUCAUUUUUCCAUUUUCACUAUCCAUAACUUAAUUGAACCUUCAAUAAUGAAGUUUCAUUCAUAUUUGCCCAUUGAAGUUAAAGAACCUAUCGAAUUACCCAGCCAAUUAACACAUAUUUCGUUUACCACUUUAAUGUUAUGUACCUUUUUAACUACAACACCAUCACCAUUGUUUGAACCACGUUAUUAUAUAUUACCAUAUGUUUUUUGGAGAGUAUUUGUUACCACACCAUUUGAUUCAUUUUGGCAAUUAAACUCUAUAAGAUUAACUAACAGAAUGAGACUUGUUAUGGAAUUUUUAUGGUUUAUAUUACUCAACGUUGUUACUUAUUUGGUAUUUAUAAAAUAUGAAUUCACAUGGGACACAGAAAAAUUUCCUCAAAGAAUCAUUUGGUAG